UGAGAGCGCCCCCUGCAGGUUUGGAGCAUCUCCGUUUGCAGUGACAGGACUUUCCAAAGAUUCCCACAAAAAGACAGCAGAAUGGUGAACUGUGGUCUGUUGACAAACAAGAAUGAGCCAGUUCCCCUGAAGCACAUCGAGGUGGAUCUGCAGGUUCAAGGGCAUGUAGCGGCAGUGACCUCCACCCUGCAGUAUGUAAAUGAGGAAGAGCAACCCCUGGAGGCUGUGUUUGUCUUCCCCAUGCCUUCAGGAGCUGCUGUCUGUCAAUUCAGCGCCAAGGUUGCAGACCAGGAGAUAGUGGCUGAGGUUCAGGAGAAACAGGAGGCGCGAGAGCAGUAUGACGAUGCCCUGAGUUCAGGUCAGCAGGCUUUUCUGCUGGAGGAGAGCGAGGAGUCUGUGGACGUGUUCAAGCUGAGUGUGGGCUCUCUGCCCCCGGGCCAGAGUGCCACCAUCACCUUCACCUUCAUCACCGAGCUGAGUGUGCAGGCUGACCAUUCACUGCAAUUCUGCCUGCCAGCAGUGCUCAACCCCCGCUAUACACCAGCCGGUACAGGUGGUGGUAUAGUAUCAGAGAUAACAUCAAGUUCCACUGGCAUUCCCUACUCUCUCUCUUUUACUGCACACAUAAGCUCUCCAAACCCCAUCACAAAAGUGGAGUCCAAAUGUGCUCUCGAGCCUCUGAUGUUCCUCAACACAGACCACACAAAGGCAAAGGUAAGCCUUUGUGCAGGUCAUAAGUUUGACCAGGAUGUCGAGCUGUAUCUCUAUUAUCAGAAUCCCCAUCAGCUAACUGCUAUAGUGGAGUCCGGAGCUCCCACAGCACAGCCGGGGACUCUCAUGGGAGACCCUGUGGUCAUGGUCAGUUUCUAUCCAGAGUUUCCUGAGUCAGUGAUGUCCUCUACGUCAUCGUGUGGGGAGUUUGUGUUUGUUAUGGACAGAUCUGGCAGUAUGGGCAGCAGAAUGCAUCAUGGGCCGGAUGCACAAGACCGCAUCAAAUGUGCCAGGGACACUCUGCUCCUGCUGCUGAAGAGUCUCCCCAUGGGCUGUUACUUCAACAUCUAUGGCUUUGGCUCUCACUAUGAGUCCUUCUUCCCUAAAAGUGUUCAGUAUAGUCAAGACACUAUGGAGCAGGCAGUGAAGAAGUUAAAGAAAAUGCAAGCAGACAUGGGGGGCACGGAGAUUCUGCAACCUCUGGAACACAUUUACAAACAGCCGUGCAUCCCCAACCACCCAAGACAGCUGUUCAUCUUCACAGAUGGUGAAGUAGGGAACACUAAAGAUGUUCUUAACUGUGUGAGGAGCAAUGCUGAUUUCCACAGAUGCUUCUCAUUUGGGAUUGGUGAAGGUGCAAGUUCUGCACUCAUCACAGGGUUGGCUGAGAACAGCUCUGGCCACGCCCAGUUCAUCACAGGAACUGAGCGCAUGCAGGCCAAAGUAAUGCAGUCUCUCCAUUAUGCUUUACAACCAGCAGUGACUGAUAUCACUGAGGAUUGGACUGAUGUGUCUUUCACCCGUCUGAGCCCCCCGAUUAAAACGCUUUUCCAUGGUCAGAGAGCACUGAUUUAUGCCCACUUGAAAGGGGAGGAAUGUCAAAACCCAGAUGCUAAGGGGAAAAUAUCAGUGCGAUACUGUCUUGGAGAUCAAGAGGUCUCAAACACUGUCCACUUCUCCCUGAAGCCUUCUGAGAAUAGCGGACUAGCCAUCCACAGGCUGGGCGCUCGCUCUCUGAUCCGCUCUCUGGAAAGGGACGAGCAGGAUGAUGGAGCUGAUAAAGAGGCUCUGAAGGCCAGGGUGGUGGAUCUGAGUAAGCAGUCUGGAGUGAGCAGCUCACACACAGCCUUCAUAGCUAUCAAUAAAGGCAGCGGACAAGCUGUGAAAGGACCGAUGGUGAAGAGGAGAAUUCCUAUUGCCAGCAUGGGGAUGAGCAGGGGGCUGUGUGGAUCGUCACCAUUUGGUGUUCUAAAUAGUCGUGUGUUCAAGAAAGUGGGUAUGCUUAAACUUGCAUCAUGUAAAGCAAAAAUAUCAACUUCCACUGCUUUAUCCUGUUCUACAGCUGACUAUGGGCGAAAGGCAGGGUACACCAUGGACGAGCCACCAGAACUUGGUGGCACGGACUUUCGCAUGAGGCCAGAAAUUUCUGAAGCUCCAAAGGACCCGUUGUUGCAGCUUAUCUCCCUCCAGAAGGCUUCGGGUUGCUGGAAAAUGGGGUCCACACUUGCAGAGGUCUUUGGGAAGGGAGAAAAAGAGUUGGUCGAGCAGAUUCCUUCACAGAUGAAGCCAGAUGUCUGGGCUACACUUCUGGCUCUGAUUUGGUUACAUGGCUUUAAGAUCGAUGCACAGGUUGAGUGGCAAAUUUUGGCCAUGAAAGCAGUGGCAUGGAUCCGCACUCAGAAAGUGGUGAACCAGUCAGAGUGUGUACAAGUAGGAAACGCUCUACUGGGCUGUCAAGUUAAAGAAGACGCUCUUGGGCUCUGAAGACUUUACCCUCUUACAGCAUCCACAGAAAAGCCUUGGCAUCAUUUCUCUUUCCUAUAUUUUAAGAGUUUUACUUUCAUUAGCAUGCUUUUACUUAUAAGAUGUUGGCGAUGGGAUUGCUAGUAUGACCAAAAACCCUGGAUACUUGAUUAUUCUGUAGUGAUAAAGUAAACAAAUACAUACAUAUAUUUACACAGAUUUUUUUUGUCAAUUGCAAAUAAUUAAAAUACAUGAGCAACAUUA